GGACGCGGGGGGGACGAACGCGCGAGCGCGACGCGCGGAUGAAUCCAGCGUACGAAUCCGGGGCGUCGGGCGCGGCGAGAGGGACGACGGGGGCGAAGGGAGCGAACGAGGGGAAAUUCGACGCGACGUCGCUGUUGGCGCUGCUGGGCGAGCAGUACGACCUGAAGCGGACGACGUCGGGGAACACGCGGUUGGAGGCGAAACCGGUGGCGAAGCGAAGCGCCUACGAGACGGCGCGCGACGCGGCGAGGGAUGAGAUGGAUGAGAACGCGAAGCCGACGGCGACGGGGGGGGCGAAGAGAACGGCGCCAGAGUAUGAAUUCGUGAUGAUCGGACGAGAGGAGACGAAGACCAAGGCGAGCGCGAGCAAGGUCGUGCGAUUUAAUGCGAACGAGAAUUCUAUCGUCGGUGACAGCGGAUCGCCCGCGAUGGCGACGACGGCGGCGACGGAGACGCGCGCGGCGCCGUGGAGCAAAGCGGUGGUUGAACGAGAGAGUUCGGUUUCGUACGCGGCGAGUCGGGGAGGCGGAAGUAAGCCCGGGGGCGGGAUUCCGAGUUACGGUGGAUCCGCUGGUGCGAGUCGGGGAGGUGAUGGAUCGGUGGCGCGCGCGAUCGCGCAGUACCGCGCGGCGUCCACGCGGCGGUCGGACGACGACUCGGCGGUGCGAGACUCGAGUCAAGAAAACUCAGUCGAGGGUGGUGAGGCGGGCGGUAAGAUAGUGGGCGAAAUGCCCGUGCCAGUGACUGUCGACGCGACUCCCGCGGGCGCGCUGCCGGCGGCGCGGGCGUCAGAGGACGCGCUGCGCGCUUCACAGUUGGCGAGACAGCGGUUUCAAGCUGUAUCUAACGCCGCGUACGUGUCGAAAGAGCUGGAUAGAUUUACGAACGAGCGGAGAAACGCGGCGCAAAGCGUGGGUCAAUCAUCCCGCGGCGCGAGGCCGACGCGCUCCACGGGAUCGCAAAACACACACGAUUCGUUGCGUGUUCAGUAUCAACAAGGCCAUGGAGGCGACGUCGCGGAUUUGAUGAUGCAUCGUAGAGGCGAUUUACUGCGUCGCCUCGGUUCUUGGCUCAACGCGCGCUUCAAGUCGGUGACGGGAUUCAAAGUCGCGCCGACGUUUCCCUUGGACAAACGCAUCGAGCGUUUCGUUUUGGGAUCCGGUCUGAGCGUUUAG